AUGUUAGAUGAGCCGAUAUCUCUUGAUCAGGAUGAAUUUGGCUGCUCUUUAUUCGAACCUUUUCCUCAGGUUAACCAGUUUGAAGAAAGUGCCUCUGUUGUUUUCGCUCCAAUCAUCAUAAAUCAGCCAACAGAGUUAUCAAAAUCCCCAAUAAACAUGUUUGUCCAUAAAUCAAGAUGGACAGCUGCAGAAGAUGACAAACUCACGGAUGCAGUCAGGCGCUUUGGAGCUAAAAAUUGGGGAAAAAUUGCAGAAUAUGUUGGAACGAGGACAGGAAAGCAAUGUAGAGAGAGAUGGAUUAUCCAUCAUGAUCCAUCUUAUAGUCAUGAUGUCUGGACCCCAGAGGAAGAUCAGAUCCUCUUAGAAAUAAGAUCAAAAAUUGGAAAUAAAUGGUCAUCAAUUGCGAAGCAUCUUAAAGGAAGAUCAACCACCAGCAUUAAGAACAGAUUUAAAUUUUUAUGCAAUCAUAAUAUGGUGGAACCUAUUUUAAUUGAAGCAUCCAAAUUUGAAAACCAAGCACCCAAGUGUUAUCCUCAACGUGAAGAAUUUCAAGUUCCGACCUGUGUAAAAGAACCAAAAGAAUCGGUAUUUGAUGAAUUUUUACCGUUAAUUUAUUGA